GAGGCCCCUGACACUGCUUCGAUCGACUGGUCCCCGCCGCGACUCUGAUUGUAUCGCAGCUCACUCGAAAUAUGGCUGACCUAUCAACAGCGCCUGGCGCUUCACCAGGAACCGUAGCAGAAGCGCAUGACUCUCCUUCCCGUGCUUUCUAUCCCGAAGCGGUGCAGCACAACGUCAAGCAGAUUUCCUACAUCCGUUCAAUAUCCCUCUCACUUGCUGGUAGUGCUUCCGGCGUCCUGGGCCUCACAAAUCUCAAUGGCUUCUACUUCUACAUCAUCUCGCAGUUGCUCAUUUCCCUCUGCAUUCUGUUCAUCAACGCUAAAGGGCAACCCACCGCGUACCUCGUCGAUGCUGCAGUGAUCGACCUUCAACGCAAGCGUGCGCGGGUGCAUGCCGCUAUGGAGGCCAAAUCUGGGGGAGGUGAGAAGGCGAAAGGGAGGUCAAGUCAGGCGCAAGGAUUCCGGCAAGGACAGGGCCCGCCUGGCCUCGUUGGGACGGCUUGGAUGUGGAUUAAUCUGCUGCUUGUGGAUGGCGCGCAAGAUAAUGUGCUGAGCUAUGUGCUCUGGUGGACAUUUUGGUACGGAAUUGUACAUGUGUAUGAUUGAUUCGAAUGUAUUAACGAUGCAGAUUUUGUG